CGCGUCCCUGCUGCGUGCAAGCGUCCGGAAGCCGCGCCCCGAGCCUCCCUUGGCCCACACGGCCCCACCUGGCUGCACCUAGGGAGGCGGCAGCCAACUCACGCUGUAGAUUGCUAUGUCGGGCCGGACAGUGGAGAGGAAGGGUUGUCAAGGGAAGCUUUCUUUAGGGCUGGACAUGGGUGGGGCAGGCCUGUAAUCCUGCACCUCUGGGAGGCUGAGGCUGGAGGAUUGCAAAUUCAGGCCCCGCCUGUGCCCUUUAGGGACGCGUAGUGGCGGGUGAGAAAAACCCAGGCCUGGGGAUGUGGCUGGGCCGGGAGGCCAGCGGGUUCCAUCUCCAGUACCCGGAAAGGGCGGAGGAGCGCUGACAGCCCAAGGGGCCUUGAAGGAAGGGAACGCAGCAGUGGGAGAGGGACGCUCCGGGGUCGCAGUGCCCCCAAUCCCCACCGCGGGAGGGCAGAGCCCGGGAAGCCAUGGCCGUGCGCUCAGGAACCUGGGGCACCCAGAUGUGACCUCCAGAGCUGCCGCGGAAGUCACAGGAGCUCUGCUUCCCGCCUUUGCCCCCAGUGCUCGCUUCGGCCUGGUGUCACAUGUUGGCGCUGCCCGGGCGUCUGGUGCCCGCUGCGGUCCAGCUCGCACGUUCCCGGGUCCGGCACUCCUCCUCAGGCAUGGAUCUGAAGGCCGUCCUCAGCGCCCUGAAUGACCUCGCGGCCCUCUCCUUCGCCGAGAGCUGGGACAACGUGGGGCUCCUCGUAGAGCCCAGCCCCCCGCACAAGGUCCGCACGCUCUUCCUGACCAACGACCUGACCGAGGCGGUGCUGCAGGAGGCCCUGCAGGCGAAGGCUGACCUGGUCCUCUCCUACCACCCGCCCAUCUUCCGGCCACUCAAGCGUGUCACCUGGGGGACCUGGAAGGAGCGCCUGGUGGUCCGUGCCCUGGAGGGCAGGGUGGCCAUCUACUCCCCACACACAGCGCUGGACGCCGUCCCCCAGGGUGUCAACGCCUGGCUGGCCAAGGGGCUCGGUGCUUGUACUUCCAGGCCAAUCCGUCCCUGCAGAGCCGCCAGCCACCCGACAGAGGGGACCCACCGAGUAGAGCUCAGCAUUAGGCACCCCCAGGACCUGGACGCCGUCCUGUCGGCCCUGAAAGGAGUCAGCAAUGCUUCCAUCACAUGUUUCUCCACCAGGGCUGACGGCGAGGAGCAGGUGCGGCUGAGCCUGAACUGCACGCAGGAGGCUCUGACACGCGUGGUGGCCUGGUUGUCACAGCACGGCGGGCUCUACGAGGAGAUGGAGAUCCUGGCCCUGGAGAAGCCUCUGCUGCCGCACACCGGGAUGGGGCGGCUGUGCGUGCUGGAGGAGCCCGUAGCCCUGGCCACCGUGGUGGAGCGGGUGAAGAGCCACCUGAAGCUGGCGCACGUCCGGCUGGCACUCGGAGCGGGCAGGAGCCUCGGUGAGUGUGGCAGUCCCUCCGACUCCCAGGUCCAUGACGUGGCCCUGUGUGCUGGCUCUGGGAGCAGCGUUCUUCAGGGGGUGCAAGCUGACCUGUACCUCACAGGUGAAAUGUCCCAUCACGACGUCCUGGAUGCCACUGCCCAAGGAAUCAGUGUUGUCCUCUGCGAGCACAGCAACACGGAACGCGGCUUUCUCUCGGAGCUACGAGACCUGCUGUGUGCACACCUGGAGAACAGGGUGCAGGUGGUGCUGUCUCAGUGCGACCGGGACCCUCUCUCUGUGGUGUAGCGCUCAGAGAGCCGAAAAGGAAAGAGAAUUAUCCGAGGCCUCCUGCUAAGAAGUGGUUGAGGAGACUGGGCUGGUUUGGUGAACUCAGAGCAAAACUGGUAUAGUGUGGGGCUGACCCCUUUUUGAGAUGGUGUCUCGCUCUAGUUCAGGUUGGCCUUGAACUUGCUCUGCAAUCCACAGAGAUACUCUUGCCUUAGCCUCCCAAAUGCUGAAUUACAAGUGUGUGCCAUCAUCCCCAGCUAGCAAUCCACUUUUACUGUGACUUUUUUUCCUUUCGGUGGUAUGACGGGAGAUUUAAAAAAAUAUUUGUACUUUCUCUUUUCAACGUGUUAUUUUGAUAAUGGUAAAAGCAAACCUUUUGAAAUACUGUCCAAAA